UUUAGGGUGCCUCUGAAAGUAGAGCAGGCAAAUAAUGCCCGUGAUGCUCUGGCAAAAGCAGUAUAUAGCCGACUUUUUGAUCAUGUGGUUAACCGAGUAAACCAAUGCUUUCCAUUUGAGAGGUCCUCUUGCUUCAUUGGAGUUUUAGAUAUUGCUGGUUUUGAAUACUUUGAACACAACAGUUUUGAACAGUUUUGCAUUAACUACUGUAAUGAGAAGCUGCAGCAGUUCUUCAAUGAAAGGAUCCUGAAAGAGGAACAGGAAUUAUACCAGCGAGAAGGCCUUGGUGUUAAUGAAGUGCACUAUGUGGAUAACCAGGACUGUAUAGAUCUUAUUGAAUCUAAACUAGUUGGCGUCCUUGAUAUCCUGGAUGAAGAGAAUAGGUUGCCCCAGCCUAGCGACCAACAUUUCACAAGUGUUGUUCACCAAAAGCACAAGGACCACUUCCGACUUACUAUCCCCAGAAAAUCCAAGCUCACUGUUCACCGAAAUGUGCGAGACGAUGAGGGCUUUAUCAUCCGACAUUUUGCAGGAGCCGUGUGCUAUGAAACUGUAAGCUUUAUAAUAAUGAAUAAUGAUGCUCUGCAUAUGUCACUCGAGUCCCUCAUCUGUGAGUCCAAAGAUAAAUUUGUACGGGAUUUGUUUGAAUCAGCCAAUAACAACAAGGACUCCAAGCAGAAGACUGGGAAACUCAGCUUCAUCAGUGUGGGGAACAAGUUUAAGACCCAGUUAAAUCUUCUGCUUGAAAAACUCCGCAGCACGGGAUCUAGCUUCAUCCGUUGUAUCAAGCCCAAUUUAAAAAUGACAAGUCAUCAGUUUGAAGGAGCACAAAUUCUGUCUCAGCUUCAGUGUUCAGGAAUGGUAUCUGUCCUGGAUCUCAUGCAGGGAGGCUUCCCAUCUCGAGCUUCAUUCCAUGAACUUUAUAACAUGUAUAAAAAGUAUAUGCCUGCUAAGCUGUCUCGUCUGGACCCCAGACUUUUCUGCAAGGCUCUGUUCAAAGCCUUGGGCUUAAAUGAAAAUGAUUACAAAUUUGGGUUAACUAAGGUGUUUUUCAGGCCUGGCAAGUUUGCUGAGUUUGAUCAGAUUAUGAAGUCUGAUCCAGAUCAUUUAGCUGAACUGAUAAAACGUGUCAAUCAUUGGCUUAUCUGCAGUCGCUGGAAGAAGGUCCAGUGGUGUGCCCUUUCAGUCAUAAAAUUGAAAAACAAGAUUAAGUACCGAGCUUCUGCCUGCAUUAAAAUGCAAAAGACUAUUCGGAUGUGGCUCUGCAGAAAGAAACACAAACCACGAAUUGAUGGUAUGAUGAAGGUGAAGACACUCAAAUCUAGGCUGGACAAAUUCAAUGAAGUUGUUAGUGCACUGAAAGAAGGCAAACAGGAGAUGAGCAAACAGGUGAAGGACCUGGAGCUGUCCAUCGAUGCUCUUCUGUCUAAGAUAAAGAACACUAUAAUGUCUCGCGAUCAAAUAGAGAAAGAAUAUGAUGUGCUUGUGAAGAGUUCAGGUCAGCUCCUUAAUGCUCUACAAAAGAGGAAGAAGGAGGAAGAGGAGGCUGAACGGCUGCGUCGUAUUCAGGAGGAGAUGGAAAGAGAUAGGAAGAGACGUGAAGCAGAAGAAGAACUCAGGAGAAAAGAGGAAAAUGAUAGGAGGCUAAAAGCUGAGAUUGAGGCAAAGCGAAAACAAGAAGAAGAAGAACGGAAAAAAAGGGAAGAGGAAGAAAGAAGAAUUCAGCUCGAGGUGGAGAUGCAGCUGGCGAGAGACCGAGAGGAAGAGUCACAGCAGCAGACUAUACUUGAGCAAGAGCGAAGAGAUCGGGAGCUUGCCAUGAGAAUUGCCCAGAGCGAGGCGGAGCUGAUCAAUGAGGAAUUUGGUCCCGACUCUUCGUUACGCAGGGGGGUGCAAGUUCAAGCUACAAAAUCUGCUGCUACUGUCAAAAAGUAUGACUUAAGUAAAUGGAAAUAUGCGGAGCUGAGAGAUGCGAUCAAUACUUCAUGUGACAUCGAGCUUCUGGCAGCAUGCAGAGAGGAGUUUCACAGGCGGCUCAAAGUUUAUCAUGCCUGGAAAUCCAAGAACAAGAAGCGCAAUGCGGAGACUGAACAGCGAGCUCCAAAGUCGAUUACAGACUAUGCCCAACAGAACCCAGUUGUACAGCUGCCUGCCAGGCAACAGGAGAUUGAAGUAAACAGACAACAGCGUUAUUUCCGUAUUCCAUUUAUUCGUCCUGCUGACCAGUACAAGGAGCCUCAGAACAAGAAGAAGGGCUGGUGGUAUGCACACUUUGAUGGUCCAUGGAUUGCUCGUCAGAUGGAACUGCACCCAGACAAACCUCCCAUCUUAUUAGUUGCAGGCAAAGAUGACAUGGAAAUGUGUGAACUGAACCUUGAAGAAACUGGAUUAACAAGAAAACGAGGCGCAGAAAUUCUUCCUAGGCAAUUUGAAGAGAUUUGGGAGCGUUGCGGUGGUAUACAGUACUUGAGUAACGCUAUUGAAAGCAGACAAGCUCGGCCAACCUACGCCACAGCAAUGCUGCAAAACCUACUCAAGUAG